GUACUUCUACGAGUUCCUGUCUUUGCGGUCUUUGGAUAAAGGCAUAAUGGCUGAUCCAACUAUAAAUAUCCCUCUGCUUGGAACAGUUCCUCAUAAAGCAUCAGUUGUUCAGGUUGGAUUUCCUUGCCUUGGAAAACAAGAUGGAGUUGCUGCAUUUGAAGUGAAUGUGAUCAUAAUGAAUUCAGAAGGCAAUAUUAUUCUCCAGACCCCUCAGAAUGCCAUCUUCUUUAAAACUUGUCAGCAAGCGGAGUGUCCAGGAGGAUGCAGAAAUGGAGGAUUUUGCAAUGAAAGACGUGUCUGUGAAUGUCCAGAUGGAUUUUACGGGCCUCACUGUGAGAAAGCGCUCUGUUCCCCUCGCUGCAUGAAUGGUGGGCUCUGCAUUACACCCGGACUCUGCAUCUGUCCCCCGGGGUUCUACGGCAUCAACUGCGACAAAGCAAACUGUACAACAACCUGUUUCAAUGGAGGAACAUGUUUCUAUCUGGGAAAAUGCAUUUGUCCUUCGGGCUAUGAAGGAGACCAAUGUGAAAUUAGUAAAUGUCAUCAGCCCUGUCGAAAUGGAGGCAAAUGUACUGGCAAGAACAAAUGCAAGUGCUCCAAAGGCUACCAGGGAGACCUGUGUUCAAAGCCUGUCUGCGAACCCGGCUGUGGUCUCUACGGCACCUGUGCUGAGCCCAACAAGUGCCAGUGCAAGGAAGGCUGGCACGGGAGACACUGCAAUAAAAGGUACGGAGCCAGCGGUCUGAGCGCCCUGAGGCCGGCAGGCAGCAAGCACAGGCAGCACACGCCUUCGCCAAAAAGGGCCGAGGAGAGGCAUGUUCCACCCGAAUCCAAUUAUAUCUGGUGAACUCCAACAUCUGAAAUGGUUCGUGUUACACAAAGUUCAUAGCCUUCAUUAACCUCUCAUGGAUUGAAUGUUAAAAUGCUGUUCAUUGCAGUUAAGAUUACCGGCUGGAAUUUUAUUAGCUUCGUUAUAAACCACUGAGCUGAUAUUUACUAUUCCUUUUAAGUUUUAUAAAUACUUCUAUAGCAUGCUUUGGAUGGUGUUUUGUACUAUACUUCAGUUACUUUUAAACUUCCUUCUUUGAUUAUAUAGCGGCACAUAUUUUCCAAAAAUGAAGUAACGGUAUUCAAGCAGAAAACCUUGUAGAUGCUAACCUGAAUCAUUUCAAUGACUACAGAUUUAAUUUGCCUAAGAUAAAAGAAAGGUACAUUUUACAUUUUUGCUGUUGUGUUAUUAGGUUUUUCCCUAAGAAAAAUAAAUAAAUAAGUUGCCCAGUUUAAAAGCUGAAUAAUUCAAUUCAAUGUUAUUGUUGGCCUUACCAUUUUGCAAAGUACUGUGUAUUAAAAAUACACUGCAGUGUUGACAUUUAACCAACGUAAUAUAUUGUAAACAAAGUAGAACUAUAAUGUACGAGCUUUCUACACCGGCUUGAAGCAAUAUAAUAUAUUGUAAACAAAACAGCUCUUAUGUAAUAAACUUUUUGUACUGACUGUUAUGUAUAAAAUAAAGGUACUACUUUAGUUUUUCGA